UCAGCACUUGCUGAAGGGAAUCGUGCCCUGCUGCCUGGGCUGCACUAUGGCGAAAAUCAUCUUGAGGCACCUCGUGGAGACUCCAGUGCGUUACCAGGAGGAGUUCGAAGCUCGAGGUUUAGAAGACUGCAGGCUGGAUCACGCUUUGUACGCCCUGCCCGGGCCGGCCGUCGUGGACCUGAGCAAAGCCAGGGCAGCACCGCAGUUGUCGCCUGCAGAAUCAGCGAUGGCAGAAAUGCCACCCGGAGAAGGCAAAUCCCGCUUCCAGAUCCUGCUGGAUGUGGUCCAGUUCCUCCCCGAAGACAUCAUCAUUCAGACCUUUGAGGGCUGGCUGCUGAUCAAAGCUCAGCACGGAACCAGAAUGGAUGAGCACGGCUUUAUCUCACGGAGCUUCACCCGGCAGUACAAACUGCCAGAUGGAGUGGAAACUAAAGAUUUGUCUGCCAUCCUCUGUCACGAUGGAAUUUUGGUGGUGGAACUGAAGGCUCCAUUUGGGACUAAGUGAAACUCUAGCGGUUCCUGCGCAAACCAGGAGGAUGAUAGCUCGGCCAGUAUUCCCGCCGGAAUAUUUGUAUCACCCGUAUUUGAAAUGACUUGCUAUAAUUUUUAUGAAGAUUAAAACUAUAUAGACAAUU